UCUUGUUACUUGAGGUACAUACUUAUACCAGAGUGGUGGAAAUAAAUAAUUUGAAAAUAAGUGUAAGCAAAAUGGUGUUUUGAAACUGUAAUUUGGCUCUUUAAUUUAAUAGUCUUAAUAGUAUGCUUUGGUAUAUGGUACAUAGACUACAAAAUCUGGUGGAAUAUUAUAGUCAUUACAAAUUAUCAUGGUAUCACUCAGUACUGCAGUACGAAUGCACUAUCAAACCUAUGGCCCUCACAUCACAUUUUGUGCACUUCUGUUUAUUUGAUUAUUUGUAUACCUUUGUAAGAAAUCGAGGAAAUCUUUCAAUGUCUUCAAUGCAUGCUUUGGUCUGCUUUGACUGAUUGAUUCUUAUAUCUCUAAACAUAUCUGGUUGAUGUCUAUUAAAUUCCAAACUUGUAAACUGAUGCACAAUUCUGAUGUCUUAGAUUAGAUUAGAAUUCUUAGAUUGUUCAUUUUUCAGUGUCGAUCUUAUUGAUGAUUGGGAUAUGCAGUCAAUGCACGAAGACGCUUUCACAGAGGACAUAGAGGGUGAAACAGACGAAGUGAGAAUUGACAGUGAUUUGGUGCAUGAGACCACAGCGAUAUCAGACUUUGAUUGUGAGGGUGACAAUGAAAUUCUAGUUGCAUCAAACACCUCUAGUGCCUCGUUUGACUCAUUUGAAGACUCAAGAUUUCAGCAACUCAGUGAUGAUAAUGAAGUUAAUGAAGACUGUGAAUACAUAGUUUUUCCACUGUCUUUGGAAAAUGCAGAUCCAAUGUGUGUUAGACUUAAUGAAUUAAUUCAAUCGGGGAGAAUUCCAAAACAUCGAAUUAUGUAUAAAUAUUUGAGUGAUGUUACAAAUAUUAUGAUCAACCCCAACUGGGAGUAUGACGCUGAAGUUGUUGAGUUUUUCAACACUAUAAAAUAUCUGGGUGGGGGGAGAACAGUCAAUUUCAUUAGAGGACCAAUGUGGUUUGGAACAGGCAAAGGGGGCAGAAAGAUUCCAGAACACAUGAAACCAAACCUGGGGGGACCAUCAAGGAUGACAAGACAGAAACAAACAUCAGGAUACACAACACAAAGUGGUGUAGUAAAACGCUGGCUCUGCACAGGGCUUGAAUUAGCAAGUUCAUCCUCAAGAUCAGAUGUCGUCCUGCCUUUUGUUGAAACACCUGCGGUAAAAGCCUUUGCAGUUGCCCUUGAAAAUGAUGGGACAGCACUUAAACCGAGUAUCCAACAUGACGAGCAACAGCAACUGAAUGUUGGUUUACGAAACAAAGCUGAUUUUGCUUUUGUUAAAGCCAAUCCUAAUCCAACCUCAGAGUACUUACAUUCCAACAUUGUUACAGAAGCAAAUGUCUCAUUCAUUUCCACCCUUGACAAUAAAGUUAGCAUUCCUGUUGGAAUACGAUUCGUUCCCAAGUCUGGUAAGACAGGAGAGAACAUGAAAAAGCAGUUUUUGGAAGAAAUAACUAUUCUACAGACAUGCAAGCGAUGUCUUCUAAAAUCCAAAUCUCCUGAUCAUGUCAUUAAUGACAAAGCUUCAAUUGAACAUUGUAUUAGCAAAUGCGAAAGGUGCCUUGAUGAAGAAGCCGUCUGUACAGAAUGCCUUCUAGCACAGCAAACCAGUCAUCUUCCUCCUCUAUGAGCAUGUGCAAAUUGUUUGGAGGACGGUGUUCAAUGCAUUAGGGCAUGUGUCCUUGUCCUAACAUCUGAAUGUGAAUCUGGAAAUAAAACUGCAUUUGAACUCAUAAUUGACGAUUUUGAAAGCCGUUGUUUAUCUCCAGAGUAUAUUUUUUCUUGUCUUCCUGAUGCAGUUCAUGUUGGCAAAACCCUGAAAGCCAGUUUUGCAAAUUGGAUGCUUCUACUGGAUGGUGAACGAGCUUGCCUUUCAGUCCUUCAUUGUCUUCGUGAUGAAGAUGUGACAAUUAGAAGGGUCUUACCAAGAGACGCCGUUCUCAACAAAGAUCGGAUGGAUGUGGAUUGCAUUUUACAUCUGACAAAGGAUAUUGUGCUAGAGGAACUAAAGAAAAUUGGCAGAGUAGUUCAUCCAAUUCUUCCUGACAGAUAUAAGGUUACGGACAGUAACAGAAGUGGGCUAUAUCCUCACCCAAUUGCAAUAUCUAUGGGUAACCACAGUAAGUUUUGAUGUUGGAUUACAAGCCUAUGUGCCAAACGACAAGACUACUAGAAGUGCGACUUCACUCACCUGCUGACGUGAAGGUGAUCAAGGAGCUCGGGAUGCUAGGCACAUUGUAUAUCUUGAGGGAAUCGCGUAUGUGUGUGCUUCAAGUGGUAUUUAUGUCGUACCAAUUUCUAGCCAGAUAUCUCCUUCUGCAAAUAAACUGAAGAAAUCAGAACUCAAGAAGAUUUUGCAGCAGUGGAAAGUGCCUGCUGAGGGAACUGUUGUUCAAUUACGAAAGCGACUGAACGAUCAAGUCAAGAAACAUAUAAAGUUUGUUCGUUCACUGCAACCAGGUAUAUCAAUCAUGUUUCGCUCGCUACUCUGGUUUAAAUAAAUGAUUACAAAGCCCAGUCGAAUUGUAAUCAAGACCCAACGUUUCGACACUCCAGUCUAGUGUCUUCAUCAGGGGUGAUCUAAAACUGCGAUCGUGGCUUCUUAAAUACCCAAGGGAUGACGUCACCUGCCAAGAAGAUGCAUAUAUUCCUCUGGCAAAUAGGCGCCGUCAUCCCUAUUCAAAGCAUGAUGACUCAUAUUUAUAUGCCACGCUUCUAGGCAAAGUCUUUGACCAUAGCGAUUGUUUGUGGUAAUUACUUUAGAGUUUUCCCACGCAAUCUCGUGUUUGGUGUAACAUACAUGUUCAGCUAAAGCUGAUUUUCCCUUGUCUAAAGUUGAAACAGCCUUUUGAUGUUCUUUUAGCUGUGUACCAAACUGGCGUUUAGACUGACCCAAAUACUCUUUAUCGCAGUCACCGCAUGGUAUAGAAUAUAUAGCAUGAGUCUUCUGAUUUUUUUCAACAGGAUCUUUAGGCUUUGCGAAAAUAUGGCCUAAGGUCAAAUAGGGUUUUAAGGCAACCUUAAUAUUACAAUUACUUAAGAUUCUCUUGAUUGGUUCUGUGACACCUUGAAUGUAUGGAACUAUUGCAAAACCCUUAACAGAGGUAUCACCCUCGGAGUUAUUUUGGUUCCCACAAACAGGUGGUCUCAGGCAAUCAUUAAGAAAACGCUUUGGGUAAUUUGUUUUCCCCUAAAACAUUUAGAACAUAUUCACGUUCAUUAGCUUGAGAAUCACUGUUUGACGGCAACGAUUCAGCUCUUUGAAGCAAAGUUUUUGCUACGGAUCUUUUAUGGCUUACUGGGUGAUGAGAGUCGUAUGACAAGUAUUUGUCUGUGUGUGUGGGUUUGCGAUAAACAUCAGUCUCUAACUUCCCUUCGACAGUUCUGUGUACAUUCCAAUCUAAAAAAGCUAAAUGUCCAUUUAUUUCACGUUCUACCGUGAAUUGGAUGGACGGCUCAAUAGAAUUUAAAUGUUGCAGCAGAAUAUCGAUCUCAUUUGUAGAAACCGCAGAGAUGACAUCAUCGACGAAACGUUUCCAAAACGAUAGGGACACCGGAACAGAGGCUAAAGCUCUUUGUUCGACAUCUUCCAUUGCUAAAUUAGCAAUUACUGCCGAAACUGGUGACCCCAUCGCUGUUCCAAAAACCUGUUGAUAAUAACAGCCCUCAAACACAAAAUACGUGGCGUUGAGACAAAAAGACAGAAGAUCAAUAAUAUCUUCUACAGGCAAGGAUGUUCUUUGUAACAAAGUGGCAUCCUGUCUUAGUCUUUUUGCCGCAACCUUGAUGGCAAGAUCAACUGGGAUAUUUGUAAACAAGGAAACGACAUCAAAUGAUACCAACUCUUGAUCUGCUUUAAGAGUUUUACCUCUUACAAAUUCUGCAAAAUGACAGGAAUUUUUUACAGUGUUUUUGGUAUUUCCCUCCACAGGGGACAAAAUUUUCGCCAAAAAACUUGAAACUCCAUAUGUAGGAGAAUUCACAAAGGACACAAUAGGUCUCAAUGGAAUUUCCGGUUUAUGGAUUUUCGGUAAACCAUAGAAAUGCGGAGAUAGUCCAUCACUGCUGUAUAACUUUUCAUAUGUAGCCUUGCUGAUAAUAUUGGAUUUCUUCAAAAGAAGUAACUUGGCAUUUAGACCUCUUUGAGUCUUUCCAGUAGGAUCAGAUCCGGACAGGGUUAUACUUUCAGCGGACAAAGGCAAUUGCGUUGUUGUUCUGGACAAACAUGAUUAUCGCGAGAAGGCUCUUUCACUGUUGAAUGACAGAAAUACAUAUUCUAUUCUCAAGUCUGAUCCUACUGGAAAGACUCAAAGAAGUUUAAACGCCAAGUUACUUCUUUUGAAGAAAUCCAAUAUUAUCAGCAAGGCUACAUAUGAAAAGUUAUACAGCAGUGAUGAACUAUCUCCGCGUUUCUAUGGUUUACCGAAAAUCCAUAAACCGGAAAUUCCAUUGAGACCUAUUGUGUCCUUUGUGAAUUCUCCUACAUAUGGAGUUUCAAGUUUUUUGGCAAAAAUUUUGUCCCCUGUGGUGGGAAAUACCGAAAACACUGUAAAAAAUUCCUGUCAUUUUGCAGAAUUUGUAAGAGGUAAAACUCUUAAAGCAGAUCAAGUGUUGGUAUAUUUGAUGUCGUUUCCUUGUUUACAAAUAUCCCAGUUGAUCUUGCCAUCAAGGUUGCGGCAAAAAGACUAAGACAGGAUGCCACUUUGUUACAAAGAACAUCCUUGCCUGUGAAGAUAUUAUUGAUCUUCUGUCUUUUUGUCUCAAUGCCACAUACUUUGUGUUUGAGGGCUGUUAUUAUCAACAGGUUUUUGGAACAGCGAUGGGGUCACCAGUUUCGGCAGUAAUUGCUAAUUUAGUAAUGGAAGAUGUCGAACAAAGAGCUUUAGCCUCUGUUCCGGUGUCCCUAUCGUUUUGGAAACGUUUCGUCGAUGAUGUCAUCUCUGCGGUUUCUACAAAUGAGAUCGAUAUUCUGCUGCAACAUUUAAAUUCUAUUGAGCCGUCCAUCCAAUUCACGGUAGAACAUGAAAUAAAUGGACAUUUAGCUUUUUUAGAUUUGAAUGUACACAGAACUGUCGAAGGGAAGUUAGAGACUGAUGUUUAUCGCAAACCCACACACACAGACAAAUACUUGUCAUACGACUCUCAUCACCCAGUAAGCCAUAGAAGAUCCGUAGCAAAAACUUUGCUUCAAAGAGCUGAAUCGUUGCCGUCAAACAGUGAUUCUCAAGCUAAUGAACGUGAAUAUGUUCUAAAUGUUUUAGGGGAAAACAAUUACCCAAAGCGUUUUCUUAAUGAUUGCCUGAGACCACCUGUUUGUAGGAACCAAAAUAACUCCAAGGGUGAUACCUCUGUUAAGGAUUUUGCAAUAGUUCCAUACAUUCAAGGUGUCACAGAACCAAUCAAGAGAAUCUUAAGUAAUUGUAAUAUUAAGGUUGCCUUAAAACCCUAUUUGACCUUAGGCCAUAUUUUCGCAAAGCCAAAAGAUCCUGUUGAAAAAAAUCAGAAGACUCAUGCUAUAUAUUCUAUACCAUGCGGUGACUGCGAUAAAGAGUAUUUGGGUCAGUCUAAACGCCAGUUUGGUACACGGCUAAAAGAACAUCAAAAGGCCGUUUCAACUUUAGACAAGGGAAAAUCAGCUUUAGCCGAACAUGUAUGUUACACCAAACACGAGAUUGCGUGGGAAAACUCUAAAGUAAUUACCACAAACAAUCGCUAUGGUCAAAGACUUUGCCUAGAAGCGUGGCAUAUAAAUAUGAGUCAUCAUGCUUUGAAUAGGGAUGACGGCGCCUAUUUGCCAGAAGAAUAUAUGCAUCUUCUUGGCAGGUGACGUCAUCCCUUGGGUAUUUAAGAAGCCACGAUCGCAGUUUUAGAUCACACCUGAUGAAGACACUAGACUGGAGUGUCGAAACGUUGGGUCUUGAUUACAAUUCGACUGGGCUUUGUAAUCAUUUAUUUAAACCAGAGUAGCGAGCAAAACAUGAAAGUCAAAAAACGUUUAACUGAAGAUCAGAAAGCAGGAAUUGACACCAACAAGAUCAUACUUUCUGAAGACAUACAGCCAUCUUGUAUAUGUAGCAUGACUGAUUGUAUCCUAAUUUGUGCUAGCGGCGUAGACAGGUGCUUCUACAUGAUAGAGUUGGAGUCAGACGGAGCUGCGAUGCAUGCAUCAGUUGAGGAGCUUUGUCGUUAUCCGGAUGAAUGUUCCCAAAUCAUAUCUUCGUGUGUGAAAAGUGCAACCAUGUUUGUUGCAUUCAAAGGCGAGAUGGAGCAUACGGGUGGACUUCUUUCCAUUGAUCUCACCACAAGGCAUCGCUCUGUUCUUUUGCUUAAUGGAACUGAACACUGCUUUGAAUGUGCAGGAAUAGCAACUUACCUGAGUGGUGUUUUGUUCUGUGAUUCUGGAUCCUUUCGAGUAAAGUAUCUACGUCAUGACGGCCAUGUGGAUUUGAUUGCUGGAAAUGGUCAAGAGGGAAAUAAAGAGGGAGAGCUGAGAAUUCUUCAUUUGGUCAGCUAAUGGGAGUCUGUGUUGAAAACGACAAGAAUAUUUUUAUUAUGGAUUCUCAGACAGGCUGCGUAAAGUUAAUUACUAUAAUCGCUGGCACAGUACGUUUCCUGAAAGAACUCGGGAAAUUGUAUACGGCAUUUUCUGUUCAUUUGAAGUACCAGACUGUUGCUCGAUUGCCAAUUUCGGAUGCUUUAGCUAAAGUUGGGGAUCUGAAGGACUUUCUUGAGACAACUGUAAAGAAUGUUCAAGUGCUGACUAAUUCCGAUAAGAUCACCAAUGGUCCCGAAGGCACAGUGUCCCAUCUGUCAUUAAAGUCUGUUCAGAUGAUUCACAGCGAGCUUGCCAAACUUGAAUCUACAAUAGACACAAUACAAGGCCACAAGGAGUCAACAAUAACGCUUACGUUGAUCUUCACUCUUGCCUGACAACACAGGUAGAGAAUCUUCACGCAGUUGGUCAUUUUAAGGACGAAUUCCCAACUGUUCUCAACUAUGCUCGCAAUCUAGGAAACUCUGUGUACGAAAGUAUCAAAAGAAUUUCAAGCUGGGCAGCGUAUUACUUCACUCAUCCUACCUCAUAUUAUCCAAUUCCUGACAACUCUAUUUCCUUGCAAGAAAUGUCGAAACUUCCCCAUCUUAAGCGAACUACAAGAUUGGAUUCAAAACAAGAGCAGCUGAUGAGAGAUUGGGCAAUGGUGAAUGGAAAAUGUGUUUGUCAACGAACCGUGAGGCAAGAAACUAUGAAGUUCAAGUCUGGCACUUUGCCACUGAACAUGUAUCACCCUUCACCAACAGACUUUCCAAAGGAAAAGAUUGUCUUAGCUCGACAUGCAGUGAAUCCAAUGCCUCAUUCAAAACACAUAGAGUCAGUACAGGAAACUGACAACGAAGAGAGUGAAGUCAGUGAAGAUGACAGGGAAAUGCAAGAAGACCAAGAAGAUAACGAUAUUCAAAACAUCCAACAAGAUGAAUACGAUACUGACAGUGAUCCUGAAGCAGAAAGUGAAACUCCAGAUAGGGACGACGUCGAUGACGAUCUCAUUUUCAUGAUGGGAAUAACCACACGGAGUGGUAGAGCAGUGCAA